UUGUUCAUGCUUUGCGAGAUAGAAGUAGAGUAAGCAUUGGAGUGUAAAAACAGAAGGCCAGAAAACAGCAAAAGAAGGGGAAAUGUUGGCUAAGGAGAUUGAGGAAGUGAGCAGCUUUGAGGCACUGCCUCUACUUUCAUUGAAUCAUGUGUCUUUGUUGUGCAGAUCAGUCUGGGCUUCUCUGCAGUUUUAUGAGGAGGUUUUGGGGUUUGUUCUCAUCAAAAGGCCCUCUUCUUUCAAUUUCAAUGGGGCAUGGUUGUACAGUUAUGGCAUUGGUAUACACUUGAUUGAGAAUCCUUCAAUUGAUGAUUUUGACAUCAUCAAUGAAGAACGCCCGAUUAAUCCCAAAGACAACCACCUUUCCUUCCAAUGCACUGAUGUUGGGCUUGUGAAGAGGAUGCUAGAAGAAAUGGGCAUAAGAUAUGUGACAGCAGUAGUAGAGGAGGAUGGAAUCAAAGUGGAUCAAGUGUUCUUCCAUGACCCAGAUGGGUACAUGAUUGAAAUCUGCAACUGUGACAACAUCCCAAUCCUUCCCAUCUCUUCUUGCUCAAUCUUCAAGCCCAGAAUGGGAAGUUACAUGGAGGAGGCAGCAACCCUAAGCCCAUGUUGGUUUAUGGAGAAUGUCAUGAUGGAGAGCUUGAGCAUGGACAUGAUGAACUUCUCAUUUUGAAAUUCAAAGUUUUACCCAAAAAAA